AUGGAAGGAUCCUCAUCACAUCUGGAUGUACACAAUGUUCAUUUGAAGAACAUGACCGAGGUCACCAUGUUUAUACUUUUGGGUUUCACAGAUGAUUGGGACUUGCAAGUGGUGUUAUUUCUAGUGUUCUUUGCAAUCUAUCUUUUUACUCUGAUAGGAAACCUGGGACUAGUGGUACUGGUCGCAGGGGAUGCCCGACUUCACAACCCAAUGUACUAUUUCCUGAGUGUUUUAUCAUCCCUGGAUGCCUGCUACUCCACUGUUGUCACUCCAAAAAUGCUGCUUAAUUUCCUGACAGAAAACAAAUCGAUUUCAUUCCAUGGAUGUGUGGCACAGAUGCUCCUCUUUGUUAGUUUCGGAAGCACAGAAUCAUUUCUCUUGGCGGCAAUGGCUUAUGACCGCUACGUGGCCAUCUACAAACCUCUGCUGUAUUCGGUAAGGAUGUCACCCGGAGUCUAUGUUCCACUGAUCACUGCUUCCUAUGUUGGUGGCAUUUUACAUGCCACAGUUCAUACCGUGGCCACGUUUAGCCUGUCCUUCUGUGGAUCCAAUGAAAUUAGGCACGUGUUCUGUGACAUCCCUCCUCUCCUCGCUAUCUCCUGUUCUGAUACCCACACAAACCAGCUUCUGCUUUCCUACUUUGUGGGUGCCAUUGAGGUGGUCACCAUCCUGAUCGUCCUCAUCUCCUAUGGCUUCAUCCUGUUGGCCAUUCUGAGGAUGCGUUCUGCUGAAGGGAGGAGGAAAGUGUUCUCCACCUGUGGCUCUCACCUAACCGGAGUGUCCAUUUACCACGGGACGAUCCUCUUCAUGUACGUGAGACCAAGUGCCACCUACGCCUUGGAGCACGACAUGGUGGUGUCCAUAUUUUACACCAUUGUGAUUCCCAUGCUCAAUCCCGUCAUCUACAGUUUGAGGAACAAAGAUGUCAAAGAGGCGAAAACAGUACUCAAGAAAAAUUUCAUUUUAAAAGUUACAUUUGAAGUAUGA